AUGAAUAGUAAUAGUAAUAGUAAUAAUAAUAAUAAAGAGAGUGGUGGUGGUGAUAUAGUUGUUCAACAACAGAAACAGAAACAACCAUCACAUACAUGUUGUACACCGAUAGGUCUAAAUCAAAUGAAAUGGAAUGUUGUCAAACCAACUGGUCAACCUAUACCUCCCUUUUCACUAACUCAUCAUCCUUUGGCAAUCAUCAUUGGUUGGAUAGAUGCAUCACCAAAAUAUGUCGAAAGAUACAACAAACUAUACAGAGAUAAUGGAUUUUGUACUCUUUCUCUUAUACCAUCAUCAAAAUUACAUUUUCUUUACAAAAAGAUGAAAGAGUUGGCAUUAAACUUUCUAAAUUAUUUGUUGGAAAUUGAGAAAGAUACGCCAAGACCAAUCAUUAUCCAAGUAUUCUCUGGAAAUGCUUUAUUCCUGAGUGAGGUUUAUCAUAUUUUAAAGAGAAAUGAUAAAUUUAAAAUGAUUAUACCAUUAAUUAAAGGACAAAUAUUUGAUAGUUGUCCAUCUAGUAUAUCUGAAAUGAGAGCAUAUAAUUCUUUGGUAGCAACAAAACCACCAAUGAUGGUAAAAAUAAUGGCUAAACUAGCUUGUAGAACUUAUUCCAAAGUGGUAGAUGUUGAUAAAUUGGAUAAAGAUUUUUGGUCAAGAUUAUCAAAUUCUCCUAUAUUAUCACCACAAUUAUAUUAUUAUUCAUAUGAUGAUCAAUUAACAUCAUAUCAAGAUGUUGAAAAGGGGAUAUCUAUCAUGAGAAAACAAGGGAUUCAAGUAUCGACUGUUGUUUUUGAUAAAUCCAAACAUGUCAAUCAUCUUGGAGUUCAUCCAGUCAAAUACCUCUCCAAUCUAUAUAAAUUCUUAGAGUCUACUCUCAAACCGCCGUUGGCAGGAAACCGGAUCAAUAAUAAUAAAUUCUUAUCAUCAUCUCCUGCCUCUCUCCUCUCUGCUCCUACCUCUGCCUAUAAAACAUUAAUGUCAAAACUUUAA